GACCGAAGUAUCAGACAUUUUGAUUUGAGAAUCGGUUUCAGAGCAUAAAGAUCUAGUACUGGUGGUAUCGAUAUUUCCAUAUCGAUCCGCACAUCACUACUCUACGACGCUAGGAAGAAGAAACUUGUUGGUGCUUUCAGCGAUCACAACUUCAGUGUUAAAGGGAUCUGAAGAUGUCGUCAGGCGCUCUCUUUCCGAGCUUGGUCAGUGGGUCCAGGGGAAGCUCCAGCAAGUACUUGGUGGAGUUUCGUGCCGGCAAAAUGAACUUGAAGGGGAACACUGUCACACCAGACAAACGCAAGGGGAUGGUGUACAUCCAGCAGUCUGAUGAUUCCCUGAUUCACUUCUGCUGGAAGGACAGGACAUCGGGGAGUGUUGAUGAUGACCUGAUAAUCUUCCCUGAUGACUGUGAAUUCAAGAGGGUCAACCAGUGCACCACUGGACGUGUCUACGUGCUGAAAUUCAAGGCCGGGUCCAAAAGGCUUUUCUUCUGGAUGCAAGAGCCAAAAACGGACAAGGAUGAGGAGUACUGCCGUAAGGUGAAUGAGUACCUGAACAACCCUCCCAUUGCUGGAGCACCGGGCAGCGGAGGCGGCAGUGGCCACGAGCUGUCUGCUCUCGGAGGAGAGGGAGGCCUGCAGAACCUUCUAGGGAAUAUGAGUCACAACCAGCUUAUGCAGCUCAUUGGUCCAACUGGACUUGGCGGGCUAGGCUUGGGAGCACUAGCUGGUCCAGGACUAGCAAACCUUCUGGGCAGUGGAGGACCAGCCACCAGCAGCUCCUCAUCCAGCUCUCGUAGUCAGUCAGCAGCAGCCACUCCUUCAUCAGGUGCAGCCCCCAGACUGAGCUCCUCUCAGGCCCCCACCACCCCUGCAGCUCCUGCUGCCCCAGCUUCCUCCACCACUGGUGUUGCUCCCUCCACACCAGCCUCGGCUCAGACACCGGUGGUCCCAGCCUCUGUUGGAAGCCCUCCCCCCCACCAGCCUAUCCAGCUCAGUGACCUUCAGAGCAUCCUAGCCACCAUGAACGUUCCAGCAACGGGUGCUCAGGGAUCAGCGGUGGACCUAGCAAGCGUCUGCACCCCGGAGAUGAUGGCUCCGAUCCUGAGUAACGCCGAGGUCCAACAGAGGCUGCUGCCCUUCCUCCCCAGUGGAGAGAGUUUACCACAGAGCGCUGAGGAGAUCCAGAGCACACUCAACUCUCCUCAGUUCCAGCAGUCUAUGAGCAUGUUCAGCAGUGCCUUGGCCUCCGGGCAGCUCGGCCCACUCAUGAGUCAGUUUGGUCUGCCGGCUGAAGCUGUGGAUGCUGCAAACAAAGGAGAUGUGGAGGCGUUUGCCCGAGCCAUGCAGAGCAGUAAGGACUCUAAAGAGAAGAAGGAGGACGAUGAGGACAUGAGUCUGGAUUAAGGCUCAGUUUGCCAUGCCUUUUGAGAAAUCUGAUUCUUUCUGUUUUUUAUUUUCUUUACCUCCUUAUCUUCAAUGUUGUCUUACACUUUUCUAUACCAAAGGCAACUUGCUCCCACUCAGGACAGACUAUACAGAGUUAGCAGGUUUCUGUUUGGGAGAGACCUUUCUGAUUCACUCUUGAUAUUGAUAAUUAAAAAAAUAUAUUCCUUCA